AUGGGACACAAGAUCGAUGCACUAAGCCAUGCCUUUGAUUUCUGCAUUUCGAUAAUGGCGUUCGGUCUCUUCUUGACUGCUUACAUGGGAAAUUGUCGACAGAAACUAUGGUAUAGAGGCGGCACCGAGGGCUGGAACUCCAGCCCCAACGAGCGGAUCCACUGCGACCUACCUGGACACUGCCACGAGUUGCCCGAGCCGCUUGUCUGGUCUCAGCAACUCACCGAAGCCACGCUCGCGGUUGCCCUACUGUCUCUGAGUUUGUUCGUCACUCGCAUCGUCUUGGGAAUUUCUCGCCAGACGUCUCGAACCAUCUCAAUCAUAUACGACAGCCUUCUUGCCUUUUUCUGGUUCCGCCUCCUCUUGUCGCAGGCAUCAGGCGAUUUCUCGGACCCGCGACACCUGAGCCCUCGGCCGUGGUAUCUGAUGCGAACAUGUCCAACAGACACAGCUGCGGCGUGCUAUGUUGCUCAGGCCGGCUUUUUCAUAUCGGUCCUUGCGGCUCUUUUCUACGGCGGACGAUUUGUAGCUGCAGUUAUAGAGUUGGUAGUGGUCUGGGUCAGGGCCCAAGAGAAUGGGUAUCAACGUGGUGCCAUGAGUUCAGACCUUGUGGACGAGGAGAAUGAUCCUUGCCUGGAGGACGCCGCGGUGAGGGAGAAGGAACGGUAUCGGUAUCUUUAUGAAGAGGCUUUAAGUCCUGUGGUUGCCUUCUUUCCACAAGAUGUGAGGUAG